UAGUGGGCUGGGGGACAUAAUGGUCACAGAUGAGAAGUUAGAUGCGUAAGCAUGCAUCAUCUGGCAUGGAUUGCAUUCGCCUGAUCAAGGCCUAUUGGCACUCAGGUAGGGUCGUGUCCCCCCAGGCCCCUCUCUCUCCCUGGUUCCAUGCCCUCCUCCUCCAUGGUCCAUCAGCCCCCGACCAUCGGGGGGGCAAGUCCCCCUUGGGCCCUUUUUCCACGCUAGGAUGAUGCACAGAGCCAGUCGAGACGACAGAGGAUUCGCAAAUCCCAAAGCUUAAACACGGGGAGCAUUAGUCAAAGGAAAGACACAGAGGAAGAGAGAGACCUUUUUUUGCCAUCGCCUAGAACACCUAUCUGUACAGAAUCACAAAUGGCAAACUCUCAGCCCAAAGGGGACAAUGGGCACCCAAGCCAAAACCAUCAAAAAGCACCCAGAUGAUCAGAUCGGCACCUCCUCCAGGGUUUCCCUUUAGUUAUUACUCGCGCCAACCGAUACCGAAUGCCUAGUGCCGACCAACUCCUGAUCGAGUAGGGCUCUAGUUGAACUAGCCCGACAGGCACAUUCUUCCGUCGAACUUCGGGACUUCCCUUUCGACACCUCGAUUCCCUUCCAUCUCUGGCCACGGUUAUAUCGCCGUGCCCGUGGCUCUGUCCGUCUUUCUCCCUCGGAACCUCUCGACAACGUCCUUGAAAUCUGCUAUGGAACCAUGGCUCAAGGGCGCGCCAAACGACCACAUCAGAAGGUGAAGACGGGGUGUAUGACCUGUAGGAAACGUCGGAUUAAAUGUGACGAGGGAAAACCUGCCUGUCGACAAUGCACCGACUCUUUGCGCAAAUGCGAAGGCUAUCAACCGCCUCAGACAUGGCUAUUCAAACCUCGAAAGGUGGCUGAAACCAAACAAGACACCACCACCACCAACACCACCACAGCCAUUGUUCAAUUUGUUUCUCCUCUUGCACCUAUUGGCGACUCCGACGACAGACGCUCGUUCCAAUUUUGGGUUGAACAAGCCGCUCCCAUCUUCUCCUCUUAUUUUGGUCACUCUUUCUGGGCCGAGCUGUUGCCAAAAAUCGGUGUGGCUCAGCCUGCUGUCAAGCAUAUGCUGCUUGCCACCUCAUCUGUCGUCGAGGCGUCUGCCCUUGAAGGUGUUCCCCUCGAAAAGAACUCGGUUUAUCAAACCCAUUACACCAAGGCCAUUCAAGCCACUUGUUCGUCUCCGCAGAUCGAGAGUGUUUUGAUGGCUUGUCUUCUGUUCGCCUGUUGCGAGUUCAUGAAGGGUUCAGUACUGCCUGGACUCCGGCAUAUCCAGGCCGGUCUGAACAUUAUAGACGAAUGGGUCAAAUCUACCCGAACUUCAGACCUACAGCUUUCCCCCGCCGCAAAGUUGAUCGUUCAAGCCAUAGCUCCCAUCUUCCUUGCCUACAUCGACAAAGCACCAACAUACGGCAUGGGGGAUCUCCCGAUCAACGAGUGCGCAUGUACCACCCUCGUUAAUACCAGUGCGGAACUACCGUGGGUGGAACAUUUCACCAAAAUCCACAGAGCUCAUCACGCCUUGGACGGUAUUGGCCACCAUAUUGCAAGAAUAAUGGACUACAGGAGAGCGCAAUGGAGACCAUCGCCACCACACAAAGUUCAAAUGUUGCUGGAAUCCUGGCGCAUGCACUUUGAAACAUUCGAAUCGAGUCGACCCGAUGCUCAAAAGCAAAAAUACGGUUUAGCACUGCAACUCCUCAGAGUUCACUACACAAUGCUGUCCGUGAUGCUUCGAGUGUCGUCGAGCAAGCAUGAGAAUGUCUACGAACAGUACACCGAGGAGUUCAAGUGGAUUGUGGACAAAUACGACGAUUUUGCAGAGCUGUGGGCCAAAGACGAGUCUUCCAAGUUCUUCACUGGUAUGGGGAAUCUGGAGUACCACAUGGGAUAUAUUCCUCCUUUGUUUUUCACCGCUACCAAAUGCCGAGAUCCAGCCACACGUCUAGCGGCCUUGAAACACCUCAACUCUCUGAGGGUAGUCGAAAACAACUGGACCAGUUGUACCGCAUAUCUUAUUGCAAGAAAGAUCAUCAAAAUUGAAAACACCCGGUCCAUCAACAACAAACGCACCGGUCUCAAAGAUGAGCACGACCUCAUCCGCCCAGUGGAAGCAUUCAUCACGGAUAAACGAAGUACACAAGCAGGUCUCAACUACCUGGCGUUCCCUUACGAUUCCACUCCUUUGUUGCAGGAUACACUUGACCUGCAGAGUUGUCCGUUUGCCCCCUCGGCUCAGUGGCCAUUGUGCAGAAUCAUCCGCAUUGGAGGAUAUCAAGGAGGUGGUGUCAGGCCACUCUCCACGGGAUGCAGUUGUGGGAUUGCACGGUCCAAGGAAGCCUUAAUUCUCCGACCCAAGACAAAAGUAUGAAGGCGGUGUUUUUGAAUUGUUCAACAAUACUUUACAAGCAAAGCCCUGCGAGACCCCGAGGUCCUUUUGCGGACUUUGUCCUGGCUGAGCACCAACUUCACAGCCACAUGAAGCAGAAAGAUCUUCGGAGCACCACCGGCGACUUGCCUUGACAUUACCGUCCAAGCAGUGUCGUUGGAUGCGUCACCGCACAACAUCAGAUCAGUUGUUGGGAGGCAGACGGCUGGUCCUCCAGCUGAUAUCAUUGUCGGCCUGAGAUCUAAAAUGGGCUACACUAUUCCAGGCCCCAAACACCCACAGUCAUUACCGUCUAAUAUUUGACCAUGCAUUGCUCGAUGGCUUUGAGACACCGAUCACGCAAAAGCUGUGGCUAUAACGGGAAGAGUGGGCCAAAAGCAACAGCGGAUAAACGCUUUCCAGAGACCUCUCUCACCUUUUGCCUCACCGCCAACCCUGGUUUGCCCACCUCCUCCUCUCUUGUCUACAUGGACUGGGCAAAUAGACCGCAUCUUGGUCUUUUGAGUGGACCCGCAAACCCACCAUUAGCUCAGCAGAUCGAGAGGCAACGAAGGCAUUUGGUAGAGAGGCGCGGGGGGUGAGCAUUGGAGAGACAAUGACCAUCUGAGGCUGCAGAGAGCGCAGGGCCUCGUAAUGCCUGCCGGGGUCAGUUGGUCCAAGACCGGUUGGGGAACGGCAAGGAUGAUGAGACAAUUACGCCAGACGCAGUAAGGAAGACGGGCAGCAGGGGCAGGCACCCAUUUGCGUCUCCAAGGUGCAGCAAGGGGUUUCCGGCCUUUGAACUUUGGCCGACACGUACAAGGCUACAUGUGAAUGGGCACGACCCUACCUAUGAAGAGCGGCUAUAUGAGACGAUGACUACCCUGUAAUCACUUUAAUUCCACCCGCGGUAAGUCGCAGAGGCGGCAAGGAUAUUCAGCCCAGUCCUCCCCCAAGGACGAGUGAUCUCGCCGGCUCUGCUUGGUAGGCAGGCUGGGAAGGGGGGUGCUCUGGGGUCCUGUGUGAGAUGACGUUUUGGGUCAGAAUCCAAAUUCACAGAAGGACAUUGGACCUUUGGGCCCAAGAUCGCUUUUGCAGCAAGUAGCGUUGAUCCUUGACGCCUGCGGCUGCCCAGUCUGGGAGAAGCAAUGGCAAUGGCAAUGGCAAUGAUUGAAC